ACCCUUUACACGACUUUAACUCGUACAUUGCAUAAGGAGCAAUACAAUUCAUAACUGAUCGAUUACAUCUACACCCUAACCUGAAAUGACAUUGUGUGCGAACAUGGAGAUAAAGUUUUAUUUUCUAAAAUAAGAACGCUGGACCAACGAGCACGGCGCUCCCGGUGACGUCACACGCUUCAGGUCUGCCACUUAAUAGCUAACAACAACACAAGAGCCCGGAAAGCUAGCGACCUCAAAUAAAAGGGGGCGAACCGCGUCCAUCUCGCGGGUUCUGCUGCAGAUGGACUUUUGGACCGAGCGCUGACGAGCGGAAACAACUGUUCCUCCUCCAAUUGAGACCAACACCUUUCGUCACGCUGGCAACGUCAAGAGUCCCGAGUCCCCCUCCCCCGGCGGAAAUGUCCAGCGGGCCUGUGGCUGAGAGCUGGUGCUACACGCAGAUCAAAGUCGUGAAGUUCUCGUACAUGUGGACCAUCAACAACUUCAGCUUCUGUCGUGAGGAGAUGGGCGAGGUUAUCAAGAGCUCCACCUUCUCCUCAGGGGCCAAUGACAAGCUGAAGUGGUGUUUGCGCGUCAAUCCCAAAGGUCUGGACGAGGAGAGCAAAGACUACUUGUCUCUCUACCUGCUGCUGGUCAGCUGUCCGAAGGCCGAGGUCCGAGCCAAGUUCAAGUUCUCCAUCCUCAACGCCAAGGGGGAGGAGACCAAAGCCAUGGAAAGCCAGAGGGCGUAUCGCUUUGUGCAAGGGAAAGAUUGGGGCUUUAAAAAGUUCAUCCGGAGAGACUUUCUCCUCGACGAAGCCAACGGUCUUCUGCCCGACGACAAGCUCACACUCUUCUGUGAGGUGAGUGUGGUGCAGGACUCGGUCAACAUAUCCGGCCAGAACACCAUGAACAUGGUGAAGGUUCCCGACUGCCGACUAGCCGACGAGCUGGGUGGCUUGUGGGAGAACUCCCGCUUCACUGACUGUUCCCUGUGCGUCGCCGGCCAGGAGUUCCAGGCCCACAAAGCCAUCCUGGCAGCACGCUCUCCUGUGUUCAGCGCUAUGUUUGAACAUGAGAUGGAAGAGAGCAAAAAGAACCGAGUGGAAAUCAACGACGUGGAGCCCGAGGUCUUUAAAGAGAUGAUGUGUUUCAUUUACACUGACAAGGCCCCCAACUUAGACAAGAUGGCCGACGACCUUCUCGCUGCAGCUGACAAAUACGCUCUGGAGAGACUGAAGGUCAUGUGCGAGGACGCACUGUGCACCAGUCUGUCCGUGGAGAACGCGGCGGAGAUCCUCAUCCUGGCCGACCUGCACAGCGCCGACCAGCUGAAAACGCAGGCGGUCGACUUCAUCAACUACCACGCCGCUGAGGUGAUGGAGACAGCGGGCUGGAAGUCCAUGGUGGAUUCCCAUCCUCACCUGGUGGCCGAAGCAUACCGCUCGCUGGCCUCGGCCCAGUGCCCUUUCCUCGGACCGCCACGCAAGCGCCUCAAACAAUCUUAAUGGGCCUUCUGCUUUCAGCGCAUCACACAAAUGUCCCCUUAAUGCCCACAAAAAUGGAGACACCCCCCCCCCCCGCCCCCCACACACUUUUGCUGUUACCUACUACACUACCUACAGCCGCCCCUCCUGAGCUCCCCCUUCUGCCCCCCAAUCCAGAACCUGCUGUAUUUUAGUCUCUUCUAAAGAUGGAGGGAAGAACCAGGAGGAGGGGGAGGAGUGGCAAGUGGAUAUUUGUCGUUUACAGAAAAACAAACCUGCACUUUCCUCCGCAGCUAGUGAGGUGGGACGUUGUGCUCUUUUUAUUUUUUAUCUUUUCCAUUUGUGAAGACCGGAAUCCUUCAACUACUAAGGAAAGCGGACGCCAAGCGCUCGCAAGGUCUUUGAACAUUUGAUAUUAUUUACAGCUUCCUCUGUGUGUAGAGGAGGCCAUAAAGGACACGGAAGGAAGGAUUACACUCGAAGACCCCGACGAAAGGCACCCAAAGGGCUAGUCAAAUGGAGAAAAAAAAAAAACAUUCUCAAAGAAAUUUGGGAACGAUUGCACUGAAUGAAUUCCCAGGCCGCCUCUUUCAAUCACUCGAUCAAACUUAAUUUAUGCAGCGCUUUUCACACAUAACAUGCAACACAACACUUUACGUGGCUACAAAUCAACCAGCUCCCUUAACAAUCAAGCGUUACCAGCAGUAAGGUAGAACUGCUGUCGGAAAGCACGUGGACUAACUGAACACCCACGCGGGACAAGAAUACCCUUUAAAGAUGCUUUAUCACUGACCUCCAUUUCUUUAUUUAUUUUGUAAUCCAAAGCAGGUAAACGAGCGAAUAGCAACACACAACUAGAUAUCAUUGUGUACUCAUGGGUAACCUUGAGAGCCAAUCGAAUCCAAGGUAUCAGCAUUCAAAAUAACUAACAAUCAUGCAUGUGUUUUAAAAGCUUUUUCCUCCCAAAACUCAUUUCUCGCUUUUAUUUUUUUAAAACUACAUUCAACGCCACAACUUUUCUUUGCAGGCAUGUCGACUGAGGGCCAUUUAAAAUUAAAUGAACACGUUUUAAUGUUCAAAUGAGACCAGAAUGUGAAAGGACAAGAAAAAAAAACAAACACACAAAACAUGGAAAGUUCUUUGUUCUUUGCCAGUGAGAGAAAAGUGCUCAAAGAAUUAAGGAACCGUAGUUGUUUCUUUCCUGUAGAUAUUGUUGCUUUAUGAGAAGUGACACUUAGUUGUUGCCAUUUUUUGUUCCUGAAAGAAUAAACCACAACUAUUUUGUAUUGAA